AUGUCGCUUCUUCGGCUCGAGAGCGAUGCGCUGUGGCGGCGGAUUCCCACCCGCGCGCGCUGCAGCCCAGGCGGACCCUCAUUUUCUCAGAGUCGCCUCGGCCGUUUCAGCUCUCCGGCUGCCUGUCCAAAGGAACCCGGAUCUGGCCUGGUGCGGCGAGCGGUCACCCCUGCUGCAUCUCGCCCUCUGACCUGCUCCUUCUCUCACUGGCGUACUCUAACGUCCGCGUACCUGCACUCAACGGGGCAUCCGCGCAGAACAGCUGAGCAUCUGACGCGUUCCUCUGUUCCCCUCGACGCAGGUACACUUCAGCGCUGCAAUCCUGUUUCGAACGACAGUCCGCAAACUGUUUCAGGCGCUCCGCAUCAAGGCUCGGGCGGUGCUCGAGUGCGGCAUCCGCAUGGCUUUCCCGCUUCAAAGACCGUCCCGUCUCCCUCCCACGGAGUGCCCCAGCACGCGAAGCCGGCGCGAAGCCUCGCACCUUCCCAGACAUUCCCUGGACCUGCUGGCUGCGAUCGCGGGACGGGGAGGCCGGAGGGUGGGCGGGAAGCUGGGUCGCCACUCGGCCGGAAUCCUCCGAGCCCGUCCUUUUCCACCGGCGUGCAUGCGCAGGCGGGUCGGAGGGGCCGGCUCCACGACAGCGCAGCUGAGGGCGACGUGCGUCCGCUGGUGAGACAAAUGCCGGCCGAAGGCUUCGCGUCGCAUGCAGUCCCUGAAGGGUGUGAGCCCCUGGACGGGGGCAGUGCAAGCAGCCGAGCAGCGUCGACUCCCGCCCCUUGCGAGGCGAACAGGGCAUUUUCGCAGCCGCUGACGCACGGAAAAGGGGACCGAAGCGAGCCUCGAGGUUCCCCGCAGGGAUCGGGAGACCGCCUAAGUUUCUCUAGCAUUGGAAAUGCACUGAGGCGGGCCGAAAAGGCGUCUCGAGCCGUUGAGGUCUUUCAACCCCGAACGGCAUCUGCAGCGGAGGUUGUCGCGGUGGCGCGCCUCUGCGUGGAUGCGGAGACACUCGAUCGCUCAUCAGAGGCUUCCGCAUCCGGCACGGGAGACAUGGCGGAGAGCUGGAAACAAAAGGUCGGGGUACCCGUCAGUGCACAGAUAACGUUUCUAAGAAAAAUGGCUUCUAUGCCUGAGGGAUCUGUGCCGGUGGAGGAUCGCCACGUUCGGCUGUUUUUUGAGACCGUCACUCAAAACCUUCUUGAGAGGCUUUCGGUGCACCGGAGCAUCCAAGCGCGUCUUCUCGAAGAGAUAAGCAGGAACAAGGAAGACAAGGAGUUCCAGCGAAUGGCCGAAUCGGAGCUUUCUCGUUCGCUGUUGGCUUUCCACAGGGACUCGUCGGACGCAGCCGGCGUCGAAACUCCUACGGCUUUCUCGCAGCGUGCACGGGCACUAGAGACGUCUCUAGAAGAGCUUGCAUCGCAAAACAUCGAGAUACGGAACGCGUUUGUCACAGCCAUGUGGGCGUUUUGCAUUCUGGGCACUCGACGCCACCUUCAGACACUGGGGCCCGCUUACGCCUCGGUGUUGAAAUCCCGUUUGGAGCAACGUGAUGCAGGGGUUGGGUUCCGCACACAGUAUGGCGAGAGAGUUACACGAGACACGCCCAACGAUGAGAGAUAUUUGGAUUCGGAGGACGUCGAGUGCGCAAGCGGCGUUCUCGGAUAUCUUCGCCGAGCCCGUCUUCCGGAAGCAAUGGAAGCCAUUCUAGAAACGCUGACUCGAGACAGUGGCGCGUGCCUCUCAGGGCUGUCCUCCGACGACAUUUGCCACUUUCUCUACGAGACGCGCCCCAACACUCCACCGUCUGGAGACCGCCGUUCUUCCAACCCCACGCAGAAAAGUCGAGAGAUUUUGCUAAGUCGACUUGCUCAGCACGCCCGCAAUGGUCUACCCAGCCCGUCUCCGGUGCAUGCAGCGAGAGCGGCGAUCAGCGUUGUGGAGUUUCAAGGCGCCGACCGCGCGCGUAUUCGCGACCUGCUACUCGACUUGCUGGCGCUGGUUCGUCCUUCUUUGCCGCGCCCGACCGCCGGAGUGUGUUUUUCAAUUCGUAGCUCCUCUUCGUCUCCGGCGUCGUCGCCGAAGAAUGCCGUGCAGUGUCUUCCCAGCGAGCGUCGCGCGGGACAAGGGCUGGAGGCGAGGCCGCCCGUUGCGAGCCUUUUAAGUGCUUUGCCGUGGAUUACCGAGGAAGAGCGGCGCGAACUCCAGUGCGUGACGCUGGGCGAACUCGCCGGACCCAAGAACCUGGCCACGGUUUCUACUCGAGAUCUGAUCGAUGUGCUGGCUGACCUCGACUCGAUGGACGUCCUCAGAGAAGAAAGACGCAUCCUGGAACCCCUUCUUCGGGAAGCAAUUGGAAGGACGUUGGAGCUAUCCAUUCCAUUCAACUUGCGCGUGGCGUUCCGCUUCUUUCUUCUGCAAAGAGCGCUGCCGUUUAGUGUCCCAAAGUUCACCGAGGUCUUCAGUGCAUGCGCGCUCAAAAGCGCAGCUGCAGCUGAGGCCGCCAGGGCCCAGACACGAGACGCAGAUGAGGAGGAGGCGCACGCCCCUCCCGUGACAGCAGACCUGGUGCUCAGCCUCCCUGAAAUUGAAGAGGCCUGUGAUCUGCUCGAACACCUCGAUGCAAUGAACGACCUGGCUCCUGUGGCGUUUGCGCGCCUCCUCCUGCUUCAACUGCCCACGCCUGCCGCGCGUGGCGCGCCUUUCCAGUUGCCGAGCAGCGCGCCUCAGGGGUUUGAAACAACUGAGGCAGACGUCGGAGAGGAAGGGACUCGAGGUUCCCGCGCCCCGGCUUCACCCAGAUGCCGAGCAGGCGAACUAGAAGAACAGGAACAGCACUCCAUGCUGGCGUCUUGGCUCCGCACCGCCAUCCGCGUGCUCUUCCUCACUGUCGAUACACACUGCCCUUUGGAGGGCUUCAGCACAACGGUGAUGCGCUACCUCGUCGACGCCGUUCGCGUCUCGUGCGCCUCGUCGCCUCUUCGCUUGGACCCUCUCUCCGCGUUGAGUGCAGAUGCGAGAGUUCAGUGUCUCUGGAGUCUGUGCGUCCUCGAUUUCCACCUGGUCAACGACGACUUCCCGGCCUGUCAGAUCGCCCUUUUCCGGCCACCAGCCUCUCCCGCAGGCGACGCGCGAGAAGAGGGUCUCCUCGACGCGCGCUCGGCGUUCCUUCUUCAGCAUCUGGUGGAAACUCUGGAUACCGAGCUGCCGACCAGCUGCGGGCGGUCCGGCCUCUCCCCGGACAUGCAGAGGCGUCUCCAGGAAAGUCUAGGGGCUCUUGACCGCGUGCUCCCGACGGAGACAGACCGGGAGACGCAGGCCUUCAGGCUCGUAGGAUUCGAGCAAGCGCGACGACGAAUGGUGGACCAAAUCGUCGCGGAAAUCAACGAAAUAGGCGUUGCGAGCGUCGCGGCCCCGCCGGCUUCCGUCCACGGCGCACCGCAGCCUGACUUGUGUCUGACUUUCCCGCCGUCUUCGCGGGCUUCGGGCGACCCUGUGAAGAAGCGGGGACUCCUGCUGCUCCCGCUCUCUGGGACUGCGUUUUCGUCUGUCGUUUCGCACCCGGCUUCGAGUGAGACCGCGGCGCAGACGGAGAACGGUAAAAUGUGGAAACAGACCGGGAGGCAGCGCUUGUCGGCGGCGCUUGCAGCCAGCUGGGUAGACAGAAGGAGCGAAGCGCUCGAGAGCGACGGGUGGACGGUACGAGUGAUCACCGCCGAAGAGUGGAACGCGGUCAAGGCCAACCCGGAGCGCAGGCGGCGCCUUCUCCAGCAGAAACUGGUACGGCAGAUGCACACUGUGUAA